AUGGGUCGUAAAAAGGGUCGUUGCGUUAAGCGAAAUAAGCAAAUAAACGUGGGGGAAAAGGAAGAGUUAGUGCAAGCACCUCAUUCCUUCGUAUUUCAUCGUGGCUUGCCAGGAGAACACAUUGUGGAGCUUACUAAAGAUUUUCGCAGAGUUAUGGAACCCUUUACAGCUUCAUCCUUAAAGAUUCGGAAGAAAAACACUAUUAAAGACUUUGUCUCUGUUGCGGGCAUUUUUCAUAUCAGUCACAUAUGUAUAUUUACAAAAACGGAGCUAGGAAUGUAUCUCAAGCUUUGCAGAGUGCCUAGAGGGCCCACUCUUACUUUUAAAAUACAAAGUUUUUCCCUGGCACGAGAUGUAAUAUCUAUGUUAAAGAAACAAAUGGUAUAUGAAGAGGCCUAUAAAAAUGCUCCAUUGGUGAUUUUAAAUAAUUUUAGUGGGGAAGGCAUGCAAUUAAAACUUAUAGCCUCUACAUUCCAAAACAUGUUUCCAACCAUAAAUUUAACAACUAUUAAUUUGAGCACGAUUCGUCGUUGUGUAUGUUUAAAUUACAAUACAACAUCGAAAACCAUCGACUUUAGACAUUAUGCGAUCAAGGUUGUACCUACAGGUUUAUCAAGAGGUGUUAAGAAAUUAGUACAAGCAAAAAUACCAAAUUUAUCUAAAUGUCAAGAUAUCUCGGACUUUUUAACAAAACCGACCAUGUCUGAAAGUGAAGCAGAAGAUGAUGAAACUAGUCAUGUUACCUUAUCACAAAAAUUAUCUUCAAGGGGGAAUCAUACUAAUUCUAAGAGCGCGAUUAGAUUAUACGAAUUGGGACCAAGAAUAACUCUACAGUUGAUCAAAGUAGAAAAUGGACUUCUCGAUGGUGAAAUACUUUUCCAUGAGUUUAUACAUAAAACAGAAGAAGAAAAACUUGCGAUAAAGAAAAUGAGGGAAAAGAAGCAAAAAUUGAAGGAAAAAAGAAAAAGAAUACAAGAAGAGAAUAAAAGGAAGAAGGAAAUACAAAAAGAAGAACACAAAGAGAAAUCGUUCAAGGGAAUUCAGAAAAAAAGGGAAAGUGACAUGUUGUUACAAAAAAUUGCAAAGGAAUCUACCGCAGAGAGUAAAUUGGAAAAAGAUGAUGAUGUGCAGUAUUAUCGUGAAGAAGUAGGAGAAGAACCUGAUAAAGAUCUGUUUCAAACAAAAAUUGGUACAAAGAGACCACAUAAGCAUAUGUUAAAAUAUAAAUCAAAGAAAGUAAAAUUUGAGAAGUCGUAGUAUAAAAUUAAAUAUUUGUGAACUAUAAUAAUUAACAAUACAUUACUGUUACUUUUUAAAUUAUGUACGUACAUGUAAUAAGUGGUCAUAAUUUUUGUAUAUCCUUUCAUACAUCCUAUAUCUUAGUCAAGUUAAAUUUAAUUAUUUUAUAUCACAGAUAUCAUAUUAUCUUCAAAAAUGUAAAAUUGGUAAAAAAAAUAUAAUAUUGUUUUAUAUAAAAUCGAAGUGUUAUAUUGUCAUAUAAAGUAUAAAAUAUAAUUAAUCAAUUUCAUAUAUCUAUUACAAAAAUAUAUCAAUAUUAUGUCCUAUAAUUAAAGAUGUAAUAUUUACAUUUACACAUUUUAUAUACUUUUAUAAACUCUAUCUUACAGUACAAACUUUAAGUUCCAAUUAUUGUUUUAUUAAAACAAUAUAAAUAAACUAAAAAAUAUACUAUUUCAAUUAGAUAAUACUAAUACUAUUUCAAUAAAAGAGAAAUUUUGUCAAAUAUAUGACGAUAUAAGAUACGAGUUCUCGUAAUCAUGAAUUUGUGAAUUGCAACAAUUUUUCGUACUCCGCUAUUUGCUUUUCAAGCUCCUUUAUGGUUUUCGAUCGAGAACGACAUACUUCCUUCAUGAACUGUUUUUCCUUUUCUAAUUUUGUUAUUCUUAUUUCAUCCUGCGUAAAAAAAUCAUAUUACGUAAAACAAUAUAAAAGUUAUGACAAUAAUAUAGUGAUAGUCAAUAGAACUUUAACAACGAAAUAAAAUCAAAAACAUUCUA